UGCUCAACCCUACAUGUCUGGGCAUGCAAAUGAUUGCAUCUCAGCCACAUGUGGUGUGUUCCAACACUCUCUCUGUAACCGCCAUUUUGCUUCCUCUAAGCUGUCAAACUGUCGGGACUCUGGUGUUUCCACAUCAGGAAACCUCACAUCACUUGAACUCUCUUUGCUGAGGCCCCUGGAAAUCUGAGCUGAACUGAAGAUCACGACAUCAAAGCGCCUGAGAAGUGUGGAAGUACUUUGGAUUCAACAAGAAGAGCUCUGUGGUGAAACAAGACACUUCUCGUGAGAAGAGGAACAGCAGCGACCAUUUUGUCUGAAUUCAGGGCGGCUGUCUGAGAAAGAAGCAUGAGUUCUCCAAAAAAGAAACAAAGAGGCACAAACAAACUCAAAUCUCACCACUGUGACCAGUGUGAGAAAGCUUUCAAUUCAUCGUAUUUAUUAAAGAUUCAUCAGAGACUUCACACUGGAGUGAGACCGUACAGCUGUGACCAGUGUGAGAAAACAUACAAAACAGUAGGAGAUCUAACAAUUCACCAGAGAGUUCACACUGGAGAGAAACCGUUUCAUUGUCAUGAGUGUGGCAAUACAUUCAAAUCAUCAGGACGACUACAAAGUCAUUGUAAAAGAUAUCACACUGACGAGAAACCUCACAGCUGUAAGCAGUGUGACAAAGCAUUCAAGACGGCGGGAGACCUAAAGGUUCAUGAGAGAGUUCACACUGGAGAGAAACCAUACAGAUGUGAGCAAUGUGGGAAAACCUUUUCAAGGUCAGGUAACUAUAGAACCCACCAACAAACCCAUAGUGGAGAGAAACCCUUCAGCUGUGAGCAGUGUGGGAAAACUUUUUCUCGGUCAUGUCACCUCAAGAGUCACCAAAUCAUUCACACUGGAGAGAAAUCACACCGCUGUGAUGAAUGUGGAAAAACCUUCACUCGACUAGAAGGCCUAACAAUCCACCAACGUAUCCACACUGGAGAGAAACCGUACAACUGCAGGCACUGUGAGAAAGCUUUCAUUUCUUCAACAGAUCGCAGGGUACAUGAACGAAUCCACACUGGACUAAAACCAUACAGCUGUGAGGAGUGUGGGAAGAGUUUCACUCAGCUGUCUGCUUACAACAUUCAUAGAAACAUCCACACUAAAGAAAAAACCUACCCCUGUCAGCAAUGUGGGAAAGUCUUAAAGUCAUCCACUGCAUAUAAGUAUCAUGAAAGUAUCCACACUGGAGAAAAACCCUAUAAGUGCAAACAUUGUGAGAAAACAUUCCCUUCAUCAAACACAUGCCAAAGACACGAGCGUGUCCACACUGGAGAGAAACCAUACAGCUGUGAGCCAUGUGGGAAGAGUUUUAGUAGUUCAUCUUCAUAUCACAAACACAAGCUUUUCCACGCUGGAGUCAAACCACACCAGUGUCAACACUGUGACAAAGGUUUCUAUUCAUCAUCCAAACUCUCAGAGCAUCAGCGUGUCCACACAGGAUGUAAACCGUACUGGUGUGUUAAAUGUAAGAAACACUUCGCCUGGACAGCUCAGCUAAAGAAACACAAGUGUGUCUAAACCCUUUUAUGGGAAUCUGUCUAAAGUCAUUAGGGUUGUCCUGAUGAUGAUCUGGCCCCAGUCGAUUAAGCCUAGUUCACACUACAUGAUUUUUAGCCCGAUUUGCUGGUCGGCGAGCGCGGUGACCGUCAGGCUGUGAUUUGGGGUAAGUCAGCGGUCGAUCGGUGGUCGGCAGUUGAUAUGUGCGAACCACACGACGACACAGCAAAGCGGCUCCCUGACACAUCUCUGACACAUCACUGACGUCUGCCAGAUAUCUAGCAUGCCAAAUAUCUGGAAGAGUCGAAGACGCUGAAUGUUGUGUAGUCUGCACGAGGCAUUAGGUAUCUGUUGUUCGAUUGGUGAUCAGUCAAACUAAUGUUCCUGAAAUGGAAAUGAAAAUGUAUUUGUUUUUAAUGUGUUCAAUGUUCUGGUUUUUAUUGUAAAGCGUCUGAGUAACUUGAAAAGUGCUGUAGAAAUAAAAUGUAUAAUUAUUAUUGUUAUUAUUAAAGUUAGCUUUCACCAUA